GAGCCCCACAAGUCCAUGGCCAUGUCUACAUUAGUACUUACAUCGGUAAACCUUUUGUCACUCAGAGUGGGAUAUUCAACUGUUGCAAUUAACCAUGUCAUUGAUUUCAAAGAAAAGAAACAGGAGAUUGUCAAGCCAAUAUCUCCUUCAGAACUGUUUCCAUCUUUGCCUAUUGUACAGGGAAAAUCCAAGCCAAUUAAAAUUGUAACCAGACUAACGCUUGUAGUUUCUGAUCCUUCUCACUGCAACAUAUUGAGAUCAACAUCUACAAAUAUAAGAUUGUAUGACAUCAUAGCAGUGUUUCCAAAGACAGAGAAACUGUUUCACGUUGCUUGCACAAAUCUAGAUGUGGAUCUGAUAUGUAUAAACGUAACAGAAAAGCUGCCGUUUUAUUUCCGAAGACCCCCUGUUAAUAUGGCAAUAGAUCGCAGCAUUUACUUUGAACUUCUUUACACCCCAGCCAUCAAAGACUCCACAAUGAGAAGAUACACAAUUUCAAAUGCUCUUAGUCUGAUGCAAAUCUGCAAAGGAAAGAACAUAAUUAUAUCUAGUGCAGCUGAAAGGCCUUUGGAACUUCGAGGUCCAUACGAUGUGGCUAAUCUAGGUUUGUUGUUCGGUUUGUCUGAAAGUGACGCCAAGGCAGCUGUUUCUACCAACUGCAGAGCAGUCCUCCUUCAUGGUGAAACCAGAAAGACUGCCUUUGGGGUGGUAUACACCAAGAAAAAACCCCGAGCUGCAGAGGAGGAAGGAGUUCUCCCAGUUUGCAAGAAAGCCAAAACUGAAGUAUGAGGCUCAAACCCAACUUCUCAGCUUCCACAAAGUCCUUUCGUUCCAUGCCACCCAUCCAGCAAUUCCUUGUUUCACUAUUUUAAUUUUUCUUUUAAUUAAAGAAACUUCUAAGUUCAUGCGAGAAUAAGGAUGUUGAAAUCCAUAACAAAUCAUUAUGAUAUGGUGAAAUUCCUGCUAAUGGCAAAAGAAUAAUGUAUGAUGGCUUUGCCACUGUUGUUAGGCAGUAUCCAUAAUCUUCUAACUGGCAUAAGAAAAAUAAUUGCAUGGUGCAGAAUAGCAUUGCCUAUUUUUAUUUCAUCAUGAUUGCCUGCUGAAAUGGAGAUUGUGGCAUCUUUGAAUUGCAAGGAAAUCCCCUCUCAGUUAUUUAUAUUGCAGUAGCUCCUACUCCCUUCAGUCUGUUAUGUUAGACAGGAUACAAAGAUAUAAUUAAAAGACCGUCCUUACCCAGAAGAGUUUAAAAUCAAAAUAUAAUAUGAGAGACAAAAGCUAGUUACAGUAGAACCUAAGUAUCACUAAUAUGUGUGAGAUCAGUGUGACAAGCAGUGGUCACAGCAUGCCAGCUGUCUAACCCUAGGUCUAAGUAAUCUUAGACAAAUGAAACUUGCAUUAGGGUUUAUGUUCUCCAGCAAGAGCAUCUAUUCUGUUACCACUUUCUUUCCCCCUCCCCACUUUCUACCUCAAUGCAUAUAAUCCAGCUGCCUACAAAUUAUAAUCAACUCCCUCCUGCAAAAUGCUAAGUGCUCUUCAAAGCCUUGAUUAAUGCUUUUCUUUUGAUGAUGAGCUAAUAUGAAAGAGGGAUAAGAGACAGGGAUAUGAUAGCUGUAUCAUAAACUAUAACAAUUUCAGCCCCAAGGCCACCUCUGGAAGUAAGCCGAGGAUGCUAAUUACAAGGCAAAUCUCAACAGCUGGACUUGGCCCCAUAUGGAGUUUUGCUUUAGAAUACAUGAACCCUUUUAGAAAUGGAGUGCAUUAGUCACAAGGAGCUUCUACUUUGAUACUGGUCCAGUGCAAUUUAUGCCUUUGGUGCCAUUGACUUCCUUGAACUUUGUUCCUGAUCUGCAUCUUGUUGUUUUUCAGUCAUUGGGUAUCAUUACAUUAAUUUGUCCUGUCGAGAUUCAUAAACAAGGUCCUGACAUUCUGGCUGAAACAAAGGGAAGAUUAAAUCCAGCUGACUUCUAAAUACAGGAGUGGCACUGCUUUCUCUUGCCAUGGCCAGAAAUGGACUUACCUUGAGUGAGAGAAAUUGCUUGCUGAGUGAUGCAUAGAGAGAGACUUGUGAACAUGGAGCAAGCAGCAUGGUGAUCUUGCUUGCUAUUUGUUUAACAUCAGUUUGAAGUUGAAGAUAACCUUGCUAACUGUUUUAUCUCCCUCCUUCCCAAGCACUGACAAAAUAGUAAGAGACACAACAUUUAAUUCUUUAAAUAAUUUGUUUCUCGCUCGCCUCUGAUGCGUGGACAAUAUAAAUAUUUAAGUAGAAAUGCAGACAAAAGAAAAAUCCACAGCCUGUUGCAUGUCCUAUUUCUAGCAAGUUCUGUUCCUAGCUCUCAUAAACACUGAGCUGGUCUGUUGCACAGAAGAGAGGUGAAGCUGCAGUACGGGGGUGGUGGGUAGUGACAGGGAUCUACUACAAUUCAACAAAAAGCAACCCAUUAUUAAUUCCCAGCAUUUACAGAGAUUCUUGCACUUGCAUUUAGUGAGCUGGAUUAAUUAGGAGACGCUUUGGAAAACACUUGUCUGGGACGAGGAUGAUUUGUUUCAUCCAUCAUGAUAGGUGGCUGCUAAAGAAUUCUGUAGGUUCUGCUGCUUUAUGGAUGGAUCACAUCUAUGCUUUUAUUAUUACGUUUGGUUAUAAGCACAUCUUUGUAAUAAAAUAUUCAUACACUCUG